AUGUUUCAGGAUUCAGUGGUCUUUGAGGAUGUAGAUGUGAACUUCACCCAGGAGGAGUGGGCUUUGCUGGAUCCUUCCCAGAAGAAUCUCUACAGAGAUGUGAUGCAGGAAACCUUCAGGAACCUGGCUUCUGUAGGAAAAAAAUGGAAAGAUCAGAAAAUUGAAGAUGAGUACAAAAAUCCCAGGAGAAACCUAAGAGGUCUUACGGGAGAGAGACUCUUAGAAAGUAAAAAAGAUCAUCAGCAUGGAGAAAUUUUGACCCAGGUUCCAGAUGACAUGCUGAAGAAGAAAACUCCCCGAGUAAAAUCACGUGGAGAAGUUAGCGUGGGUCAUGCAUCCCUUAAUAGGCACCACAGAGCUGACACUGGACACAAGCCAUAUGAGUAUCAGGAAUAUGGACAGAAGCCAUAUAAAUGUACAUACUGUAAGAAAGCCUUCAGUGAUCUCCCCUACUUUCGAACACAUGAAUGGGCUCACACUGGAGGGAAACCUUAUGAUUGUGAGGAAUGUGGAAAAAGCUUUAUUUCCCGUUCAAGCAUUCGAAGACACAGGAUAAUGCACAGUGGAGAUGGACCCUAUAAAUGUAACUUUUGUGGGAAAGCCUUGAUGUGUCUCAGUUUGUAUCUUAUCCACAAACGAACUCACACUGGAGAGAAACCAUAUGAAUGUAAACAGUGUGGUAAAGCCUUUAGUCAUUCUGGUAGCCUUCGAAUACAUGAAAGAACUCACACUGGAGAGAAGCCUUAUGAAUGCAGUGAGUGUGGGAAAGCAUUCCAUAGUUCCACAUGCCUCCAUGCACAUAAAAUAACUCACACUGGGGAGAAGCCGUAUGAAUGUAAACAGUGUGGGAAAGCCUUUGUUUCUUUCAAUUCCGUUCGAUAUCAUGAAAGAACUCACACUGGAGAGAAGCCCUAUGAAUGUAAGCAAUGUGGGAAAGCCUUCAGAUCUGCCUCGCACCUUCGAACACAUGGAAGGACUCACACUGGAGAGAAACCCUAUGAAUGUAAACAAUGUGGGAAAGCCUUUGGAUGUGCCUCGAGCCUUAAAAUCCAUGAAAGGACUCACACUGGAGAAAAACCCUGUAGCUCCAACACUUCGAAAGGCCAAGGCGAGAAGAUCGCUUAAUUCACAUAAGAUUCCUAGAAGCCACUGAAUCCAAUCAUGGUAAAAAUGUGUUUCCCUCAAAUCAUGGGAACCAUCGCAAAAUUAUUCUGAAGCUUCUGCAGUCACUGUCAUUUGACAGCAUUCAGAAAUAAAUGCCAGUAGCCCAAGAGCAAAAAUUUUUGGGAGUAGUUUAGCUGAGGCCUCACUCAGAUACCUAGGACACAGAGAGACACACCUCCAGUAAGACCUUAAGACAGUUCUGUCAUAAAAAAAAUACGAGGUUUGGCCGGGCGCAGUGGCUCAUGCCUGUAAUCCCAGCACUUUGGGAGGCCGAGGCAGGCAGACCACAAGGUCAGUAGUUCGAGACCAGCCUGGUCAAUAUGGUGAAACCCCAUCUCUACUAAAAAAUACAAAAAUUAGCCAGGUGUGGUGGCGCCUGUAGUCCCAGCUACUCAGGAGGCUGAGGCAGGAGAAUUGCUUGAAUACAGGAGGUGGAGGUUGCAGUGAGCUAAGAUUGCACCACUGCACUCCAGCCUGGGUGACAGAGUGAGACUCCGUCUCAAAAUAAUAAUAAUAAUAAUAAUAAUAAUAAUAAUAAUAAUAAUAAGGUUAGCCCAGCAAAGUGGCAGGUGUAUAUAUACAGAAAGGUCAGAAAUAUCUGUUCCCUCCUAUUGAAAGCCCAAUACCUAAGUGGCAAGCCCUCAUUUUAAGAAACUCACUAAAGGGAUAACGGAAGUGCCAUUGUCAGACUCACUGCCUCAGAAAGACCUUUAUCAAAACAAAAGGCUAAAGUUCCUAUUCAAAAAUAUCCUAUAAUGGCUGGCUAUCGGGUACACUACGUAUUUUAUGCCAUUCCUUCUCACGAGUUUUCUUUCUUUUUUUUUUUUUUUUGAGACAGAGUCGGGCUCUGUCUCCCAGGCUGGAGUGCAGUGGCACAUUCUCAGCCCACCGCAACCUCUGCCUCCUGGGUUCAAGCGAUUCUUCUGCCUCAGUCUCCCGAGUAGCUGGCUUUACAGGCAUGAGCCACCAUGCCCAGCCUCUAAUCUCUUUUUUUUUUUUUUUUUUGUUUGAGACAGAGUCUCACUCUGUUGCCCAGGCUGGAGUGUGUUGGUGUGAGCUCAGCUCAGUGCAACUUCCACCUCCUGGCUUCCCGGGUAGCUGGGAUUAUGGGCACCCACCACCACGCCAGGCUAAUUUUUUAUAUUUUCAGUAGAGACGGGAUUUCACCAUGUUGGUCAGACUGGUCUUAAACUCCUGACCUCAAGUGAUCCGCACCAGUGUCUCCCAAAGUGCUAGGAUUACAGGUGUGAGCCACUGUACCCGGCCUUCUAAUCUUUUUCCAGCCUUCUAAUUUUUUUUUUUUUUUUUUUUUGAUACAGAGUCUUGCUCCAGGUUGGAGUGCAGUGGUGUGCUGUCGACUCACUGUAGCCUCCAACUCCCGGGUUCAAGCGAUUCUCCUUUCUCAGCCUCCUGAGUAGCUGGGACUAUAGGCGUGUGCCCCCACACCCGGCUAAUUUUUGUAUUUUUAGUAGAGACAGGGUUUCACCAUGUUGACCAGGCUGGUCUCGAACUUCUGACCUCAGGUGAUCCACCUGCCUUGGCCUCCCAAAGUGCUGGGAUUACAGGCGUUAGCCACUGCGCCCAGCCAUUUUUGUAUUUUUAGUAGAGACGGGUUUCUCCAUGUUGGCCAAGCUGGUCUUGAACUCCUGACCUCAAGUGACCACCUGCCUCAGCCUCCCAAAAUGCUGGGAUUACAGGUGUGAGCUACUGCGCCAGGCCUAAUAUCUUUUUUUUUUUUUUUUUUGAGACGGAGUCUUGUUCUGUGGCCAGGCUGGAGUGCAGUGGCGCAAUCUCGGCUCACUGCAACCUCCGCCUCCCAGGUUCAAGAGAUUCUCCUGCCUCAGCCUCCUGAGUAGCUGGGACUACAGGCAUGCGCCACCACGCCCAGCUAAUUUUUGUAUUUUUAGUAGAGAUGGGGUUUCACCAUGUUGGCCAGGAUGGUCUCAAUCUCUUGACCUCAUGAUCUGCCACCUUGGGCUCCCAAAGUGCUGGGAUUAUAGGCACCACGCCUGGCCCUAAUCUCUUCUCAAAGUACUUUUUUCUUUAAUGAAUGUCUUAAAUCAAAACUUUUUUCUAACCACAAACUUUUUUUAAAUUAUUUUAUUAUGUAAUUUUUUUUAGAGACUUGGUCUUGCUGUGUGGACCCGGCUAGAAUGCAGUGAUAUUUACAAGUGUGAUCUUAGUGCAUGAGAGCUUCAUAUUCCUGGGCUCACAAUCCUUCUACCUCAGCCUGCCAAGUAGCUGUCACUACAGGUACCAGCUGCUGUGCCUGGCUUCCACCUUUUUUUUUUUUCUUUAAUCAGUUCCUUUUAAAGACCAAAGAAAACCUGUCCUCUUGUGUGGCCUGAGUUGAUCUAUGAACAUUAUUCACUAUGACCCAGAAAAUCCCAUGAAGUCAUGCAUGUUAGAAGGAUGAAACCCUCAUGUUCACUGUAAACUGUGAAGGUGCUCAGGCCAUCACAGGUAUGCCUAUAUGAAAAGCCACCAAGUAUCUGAAAUAUUUUCUUUUACAGAAAUUAUGUGUACCAUUUCAGUCUUAGAAAGUGGAGUUGGUCGCUGUACCCAAGACAGACACUGGGGCUGGACUCACCAUCAGUGGCCCAGAAAAGGUACUGAAAUUUGCUUACAAGUGCAGAGUUAUGCUGAACUUAAGGGUAUAGAUGUAGAUUCCCUGGUUAUUGAGCACAUCCAGGGAACAAGGCACCCAUAAUGUACCACCUGACUUACAGAACUCAUGGGCAGAUGAACCCAUCCACAAACUCCCCUGCCACAUCCAGAUGAUGCUUAGUGAAAAGAAACACCUUGUUCCAAAAGCAGAAAAGGAGGCUGCACGGAAGAAAAAGAUACCCCAGAAGAAACAUAAACUUAAGAGACAAAUAAAUUCAGCCAAAAGAAAAUGCAAAUAAAAGUUCAAAACAAAACAAAACAAAAAAACCUCUAAAAUUCAUAAAACACAAAAUGACAUACUCUAUUAAAUAUGCCUCUAUGAUAUCUCUUAGAUAAAAGUUGGCCGUAAUAGAGAAAAUGAAGAUAGGUAUUGGUGACUGGCAGAUUCUGGGCCUACGAUGAAUCAGAGAAGGAUGGUUUUCACUUUGUUUUACAUUUUUUUAAUGCUUGAUGUUGACUUGGUAGAAAGAUGAUAAUAAAGAGAUUCUUCUGUCUA